AUUGCACACGCAGUAACGUGCACGCGAAGAGAGAACCGGUUACCUACGAGUCUAGUAAGAGAACGACGACGAUAGCGCAUGCAAUGAGCAGCAGCGAAGUGGACGAGAGUUGUAAAGUUUUGCAAGGAAAUUGUGGCCCAAGCGGCAGAUGGACGAUUGCGUUGUUUCUAUCGUUAGUUGUGGGCAAUUUUGUGUUUAGCGGUUUUCUGUUGUGGAAGCUCAGUGUUCAGGAGAAAAGAUUUGAGAAAACCGUAGAGAAGUUGCAGUUGGACUUGCAGGAACUUCAAGUAGAAAAAGAGGAAAUGAAGCAGGUUUAUGAGACGUUGUCUGAGUAUGGAGGAGAAAGAGGGAAGAGGUCGGAAGAAUCUCCCAGUCAGUCAUCACAAGUUACAAUCAACAUUGCACACGUAUUUGGGUCAUUCAUCAAACAGAUGUGCAAACCAGAAUCAGCAAUUUGUAUACCAGGUCAACCAGGAAGAGACGGAUUGUCAGGUUUGUCUGGAAAAGAUGGUUCAACUGGAUUGCCAGGUUUGCCGGGAAGGGACGGUCCAAUUGGAUUGCCAGGUUUGUCAGGAAAAGAUGGUCCACCAGGUAGAGAUGGUCGUACAGGAUUGCCAGGACCAGCUGGAAGGAACGGCGAAGCGGGAAGGAAUGGUGAACGUGGCAGUAAGGGAUCAGCAGGUAAACAGGGUCCACGUGGAAUAGCAGGUAGGAAAGGAGACAUGGGAGUGAGUGGAGAGAAAGGAGAGAAAGGAGAAAGAGGAGAGAGGGGAGUAGGUGGACUGCAAGGAAUUUUGGGUCCUCGAGGAGAAAAAGGAGAAGAAGGAGACAAAGGUGAACGAGGAUAUCCUGGUUUUAAAGGAGGGAAGGGUGGAAAGGGGGAGAUUGGGUUACAAGGAGGAAAAGGAAUGAAAGGAAACAAAGGAAUAAAUGGAAUGAAAGGAAAAGGGGACAAAGGGUAUAGUCUCCCCAGUCAAUGUUUAUCAGGGAAUCAUCGUGUUUUAAAUGAAACUUGGAGACAAACAUCUGAGCAUCGUUCUAAGACAACUAAUCACUGUGAUAAGACAGGUCGUUCAUCCAAUCAACAUGGUUUCACACCAGGCUGGCAUUCAUUUAGUCCUACAAUAGGUGGAGCUAUGCCAGAGAAGUGCACAUCUGAGAACUACUGUGGAACUUAUGCAUCAGGAUGGUUAAAAGGAUCUCACCCAAAUCUAAUUGGUCAAAAAAUUUCAAGAACAGUUUGCUUUAGUUUUAGCGGCAAUUGUUGUUAUCUGCAGACUAGUGUUGAAGUGAUCAAUUGUGGACAGUAUUACAUAUACAACUUACCUAACACUCCUAGUUGCUAUCAAGCUUACUGUGCUCGAGGACAGUCCUUUGUGACCGUCUUCCUCUGCCUUUCGUCAAUGGAAUCAUUAUAUCAAAAAGCGAACAAAUUGUUGAUGGAAGUUGAGAGUCACAUAUCAUCUCUAGGGCAAUCGUAUUCGCCUCAACUUGAGCAGGAAAUUGAGGGUAAAUUAGAGGAGUUGUUCUCUGAUAUUCAGAGGUUGGAGCAGAUGGUCGCUAAAGAACCACCUUCCAGGAAGCAGAGCGCCAAACUACGAGUUGAACAAUUGUCAUAUGAUUGUCAGCAUCUACAUAGUACUCUUAGGACGUUCCAACAGAAACAGCGGCUCAAGGAAAAGGAAGAGCACGAUAGGAAUGAAUUUUUGUCAGGAGAUUUACAGCAAAUGUGUGGAUUUUUGCAACGAAAUUGUGGUCCAACCGGCAGAUGGACGAUUGCGUUGUUUCUAUCGUUAGUUGUGGGCAAUUUUGUGUUUAGCGGUUUUCUGUUGUGGAAGCUCAGUGUUCAGGAGAAAAGAUUUGAGAAAAGCGUAGAGAAGUUGCAGUUGGACUUGCAGGAACUUCAAGUAGAAAAAGAGGAAAUGAAGCAGGUUUAUGAGACGUUGUCUGAGUAUGGAGGAGAAAGAGGGAAGAGGUCGGAAGAAUCUCCCAGUCAGUCGUCACAAGUUACAAUCAACAUUGCACACGUAUUUGGGUCAUUCAUCAAACAGAUGUGCAAACCAGAAUCAGCAAUUUGUAUACCAGGUCAACCAGGAAGAGACGGAUUGCCAGGCUUGCCAGGUAGAGAUGGUUUGUCAGGAAAAGACGGUUCAACUGGAUUGCCAGGUUUGCCAGGUAGAGAUGGUCCAAUUGGAUUGCCAGGUUUGUCAGGAAAAGAUGGUUCAACUGGAUUGCAAGGUUUGCCGGGAAGAGACGGUCGUACAGGUUUGUCAGGAAAGGACGGUCCAAUUGGAUUGCCAGGACCAGCUGGAAGAAAUGGCGAGGUGGGAAGGAAUGGCGAACCUGGCAGUAAGGGAUCAGCAGGUAAACAGGGUCCACGUGGAAUAGCAGGUAGGAAAGGAGACAUGGGAGUGAGUGGAGAGAAAGGAGAAAGAGGAGAGAGGGGAGUCGGUGGACUGCAAGGAAGUUUGGGUCCUCGAGGAGAAAAAGGAGAAGAAGGAGACAAAGGUGGAGAGAAGGGUGGAAAGGGGGAGAUUGGGUUACAAGGAGGAAAAGGAAUGAAAGGAAACAAAGGGGAUGAGCAGGAUUUACAUCAAUUGUCUAUCAAUUAUCAAUUGUUUAAUCUACCCAGUCAAUGUUUACCAUGGAAUCAUCGUGUUUUAGAUGAAACUUGGAGACAAACAUCUGAGCAUCAUUCUAAGACAACUAUUCACUGUGAUAAGACAGGACAUUCAGGCAAUCAACAUGGUUUCACACCAGGCUGGCAUUCCUUCAGUCCUACAAUAGGUGGAGCUAUGCCAGAGAAGUGCACAUCUGAGAACUACUGUGGAACUUAUGCAUCAGGAUGGUUAACAGGAUCUCACCCAAAUGUAAUUGGUCAAAAAAUUUCAAGAACAGUUUGCUUUAGUCUUAGCGGCAAUUGUUGUUGGAGGCAGGCUAGUGUUGAAGUGAUCAACUGUGGACAGUAUUACAUAUACAACUUACCUAACAUUCCAGAAUGCGCUCUAGCUUACUGUGCUCGAGGACAGUGAAGAACAAGUUUCCUUUAUCAAAACCAUCACAUGUACUUAUCUUUCCAUUUUUGUGUGUAUCUAUGUUUCUCUGACUAGACAAGUGUCUGCUAAGAAUGAUUGUUGUAACAGCUGCUUGUUGUGUAGGAUUGCUGCAUACAGUAUGAUGUGCUGCUAGAUGGAAAUUUUGUUAUAAACAUACACAGUUUGUGAGCAGAAAU